CUUGGCUUUAGCAGACUACUCGCAGUAUCAGAGGAUCGUUCACGAACAUUAUUUUAAACUGCAAACGCCCCCUCCUUACAGAUUAAUCAUGUUUUCUGCAGCGACAACUAUGAAAGCUCUCCGUCUGACGCGAGAGCCAGAGGGACUUACUCCAGCAAUCUCUUUAACAACUCUCCCAAUCCCUAAAGCUAUUCCAGGAUACGCGGUCGUCCGGAUCCACUAUUCCGCAAUUAACCCUUCGGACCGACUGAACUCCAAGGGGCUUUUUCCGCACACAACGUUCCCCAUAAUCCCUGGUCGCGAUUUUUCGGGGGUCGUUGUAGCUGGCUCCCCUAAUAAAAUCGGAAUGGAAGUGUACGGGACGAGCGGAGGGACGCUGGGGUUCUCAGUUGAUGGCCCUCAUGCUGAGUACUGUCUCUUACCCGAAAACGGUUUGGUCAGGAAACCAAAACAGCUCUCAUUUCUCCAGGCCGCAACUGUCGGUGUUCCAUAUACUGCGGCAUUUCUAUGCUUAAGAAGAGCACGCAUGACUGAAAAUGAUGUCGUGCUAGUACUUGGAGCCACAGGAGCCGUGGGAUCAGCUGCAGUUCAGCUAUCGAAGGCUCUGAAAUGCAAACAAGUCAUCAGCGCUUUCAGGGGCGUGGACGCAGACAUAGAUCUGACCGCUGAUCCCAAUCUGACAACCGUCCAAAAAUUGACAAACGGAAAAGGUGUCGACGUUGUAGUUGACACCGUCGGAAAUCUUGAUUUAAUGAAGUCGGCUGUCAAUCAACUUGCUCACCGCGGCCGAUAUACGUGGAUCUCUGCCCCGCGCAAUGGUGCCAGCACUGAACUCAAUUUUGACGUGUUUCAAGGCUAUCGCCAAGAAAUUGAGCUAAUUGGUUGCAAUACUGCUAGCUAUACAUUUGAAGACGUGGCAACAGAUCUCACCAAAUUGGGAGAGUUGUUUGACAAAGGUGAGAUGACAGCUAAGGCUGACGGUGAUUUUGACACAAUCUCCCUGGAAGAAGCCGUGGAGAAAGGAUAUAAGAGCAAUAAUUCCCAGAAACACCAGAAACAAAUUGUCAUCCAUAUAGGGCCGGAACAUUGAAAUGUGCUCGGAUGAAUGUAUUUUACCUUCCUCGUCUUAUUUUGGUCAGCUAGAAUGCAGACAAAUACACACUAUGGAACUGAUUCCUCUUUAGGUUUAGAA